AUUCAUUUGAUACACACAUAACUAGUAAAAAUCGAUCGUACCAAUUUACGUAUUUUAAGAUAUAGUAUCUCCAAAUACUCUUCUCGUUCUAACUCUAAGCAAGCCGAAGAGAUGAACAUACCGAAUGGGAACGGACACCAUCAAAUUAAUAUCGUGAAUGCUUCACAUAGUCAGCCAUCACAAUUAUCACCAUCAAAUAUACCUCGUAGAGAUCUACUUGAUGGAGGAGAAAACUACAAAGCAAUUUGUGUUCCUUUGUAUAAAGCGAUAACAACCAACGAUUUUGAAGCUGCUAAGUUCAUUCUUGACAAGCGUCCAGAGUUGGUACAGUUUAGCAUCACUGAAAGUGGUGAAACAAUCAUUCAUGUUGCAGUAUUGGGAAAAUCAUGCUUGUUCGUGAAAUAUUUGAUGAGUUUGAUGACAAAGAAAGACUUGGAACUUCUAAAUGGAAAUGGUGAAACAACCCUGUGUUUAGUAGCUAGAACAGGAAAUGUUGAAAUAGCUAAGACUUUGGUGGAAAAGAAUGAGGGACUGAUAGAUAUCCCUAAUAGUCAAGGAAAGAUGCCCUUCCAAGUGGCUGCUUUAUAUGGAAGGCAUGAUAUGGUCGAGUACCUAUAUAGUAGUUCACAGAAAAUGAAUGGUCAGUUCUGGACACAUCAGAAUCGGAGUUCGGUUUUUGAGAAUUGCGUUGAGGCUAAUCUAUUUGAUGUCGCAUUUCAAAUAGUGAGCGACCUUCCGGAACUUGCAAUAAAUAGGAGUGUACUCAGAUCAUUGGCUCGAAAAACUCAUGCAUGUCUUCCUAUAAAACGAUACCCUUUAUACGAAGUCAUAUAUUUCUUCCUUUCAGUCAUUCACUUGUAUAAGGAGAAGGAAAGGAAGGCCUUGCUAUUAUUAAGGAUCAUUUUGAACGAGAUUUUGAAAUUGCCCAAGGCUGAAAUUGAUGAUUUAAUAAGAGGGCCACCCGAGGACGAUACAAAGCAAAAAUACCCUUCUCGAUUAUUAUUUCUUGCUGCAGAAAUGGGUAACACUGCAUUUAUAGUUGAGUUCAUUCGACAAUACCCACAUCUGGCCCUCGAGCUAAAUGAUGAUAACUACAGUAUAUUUCAUGUUGCUGUCAUGCAUCGUCAUCUGGGUAUCUACAAUCUAUUACUUGAGAAAGACCACACCAGGGAUUUGAUCAUUACUCUUGAAGACAAAAAUGGCAACAACAUUUUGCAUUUAGUUGGGGAGUGUGCUAAGGGUAAUAGACUAUCAGACAUCUCAGGAUUGGGCAUGCUAAAGGAACUAGAACUUCGGUGGUUUAAGAGAGUGGAGAGUAUACUCCCUGGUUAUCUUUACGAAAAGAAGAAUGCAAUUGGCCAGACACCCUACGAACUAUUCGUCAAGAACCACAAAGAUAUUUUUUUCGAAGAGGAAAAGUUGAUGAAAGGAACAGCCAGCCAAUUAAUGGUGGUUGCAGCACUUGUAACCACCAUCUCAUUUGCAGCGAUAUUUACAUUUCCAGGCGGAUACAGCCAAGAAGAUACCGGUAUUCCUAUCUUCCUUCCAAAAACUAUUUCCAAAAUCUUCAUAAUAUUCGAUGGCCUGUCAUUUUUAUUAUCGGCAACUUCAAUUCUGAUGGUCAUAGCUUUCAUUAUGUUUGAUCAUCAUGGCCAUAACGUAAUGACUUCAUCAUACCUCCAAAUCAUAUCUUCUAUAGUUUUAGUUUUUUGGUCUAUAGCAAGCAUUAUAAUAACUUAUCUUAUAAGCCUUUUCAUUCUUUAUCAAAGCCAUUCUCAAUGGAUACCAAUAUUAAUCACCAUUUUUGCUUUCAUGUCAUAUACGAUUUAUACCAUCACAAAUAUUAGUAGUCAACUUUACUUUAAAUCGUUGUCCUUUUAGACAUUGCCCUUUCCUCUCGAUGAAAUUCCAUUUUGAAUUGAUGUAUAUUUGUAUGGUUGUCAGCUGAAUGUGGAUGAUUUUGGUGAUGUAUUUUGUAGAGGCAUAUCAUGUCAAAUAUUUGUAA